AUGGCCAACCACCACUUCCUCAUCCUAUCUCUACCUGCCCAAGGCCACAUCAACCCCACCCUCCAGCUCGCCAAGAACCUCACACGCGCCGGCGCGCUAGUCACCUUCGCCACCACCGUGGAUGGCCUGAGUCGCCUGAACCAUGGCCCAAAAAUAAAGGGCUUAUCCUAUGCUUCCUUCUCCAGUAGCGACGCGGAGGACACCACCAAAGAGAAGGGCAACAUUGCCAGCUACUUUGCCAUGAUAGAGCGCGAGUUGUCUAAAAACCUCCCCAAGCUUCUCCAAAGCCUCUCUACCAACGGCCGUCCGGUGAAUUUAUUAAUCUACACUUACCUCCUCCCUUGGGCUGCCAAGGUGGCGCGUGAUUUGAACGUGCCGUCGGCUUUUCUUUCUAUUCAGAGCGCUACCACCGUUGCCAUCUACCACCGUUGCUUCAACAGUAAUAACGGUCUCUACGAUGGUAAAACCGGCAUUAGCCCUGAAGUUUCCAUCAAUUUACCAGGAUUGCCAUUGUUGACAUGCAACGACAUACCCUCUUUUCUCUUACCAACAGAUCCACACUACUCUUGUCUACUCCCUAUUUUCAAUGAGCACAUAAAAGCCCUAGAAGAAGAUCCAAACACAUGCCUUCUAGUAAACACUUUUGAUUCACUUGAAGCUUCUUCAAUAAAGGCCAUAGAUGAUAUGAAUGUGAUCACGAUCGGACCCUUAGUUCCGUCUGCUUUUUCCGAUGGAAACGAUUUGUUAGACACUUCGUUUGGUUGGGAUUUGUUUCAGAGCUCUGUAGAUUACCUUCAAUGGCUGGACUCAAAACAAGAAAGGUCAGUGAUUUACGUCUCGUUUGGAAGCAUAGCAGCGUUACAGAAAACCCAGAAAGAAGAGCUUUUCCAUGGAUUAAUCGAAGCUGGCCGCCCAUUUUUGUGGGUCAUUCGAGAUCCUCAGGGAGAAGAAGUGAAGAACAUGAUGGCGGAGAAGGUGAGUGAACAAGGGUUGAUAGUUCCAUGGUGUUCACAAAUGGAGUUGCUGUGUCACAGGUCGAUAGGGUGUUUUGUGACCCACUGUGGGUGGAAUUCGACGGUGGAGAGUCUGGUCGCUGGUGUGCCGGUGGUGGGGUGGCCGCAGUUUUCCGAGCAGUUUACAAAUGCGAAGAUGAUGGAGGAGGUGUGGAGGACGGGGCUGAGAGCGGCGGUGAAUGAGAAAGGGACGGUGGAGAGAGAAGAGAUUAAGAGGUGUUUGGAGACUUUAAUGGGUGAUGGAGAGAGAGGAAUAGAGAUUAGACGUAAUUUGGUGAAAUGGAAAGGUUUGGCUAUGGAAGCUGUGAAAGAGGGAGGUUCCUCCUACAACAAUAUGAAACAGUUUCUGCAAAAGUUAGGGUAA